UAUCCGAAUAAUGCAUACCCGAACAGAACAUCGGUAGUCACUACUCGAAACACAAACAAUGUAAUAAGUUACAUUCCGCCAGGUCAUUCAUUCUGUUAUCCUUACAUGCAAUGGAGAAAGGAAGAGGAGAAGAGAAGAAGAGAAACGAAGGCGUAAGGGGGAAAGGGGGAAAAAACAGAAAUGAGAAGAGAAGAGAAGAGAAGAAAGAAAGAAAAAAGACAAUAAUCCAACACCAACACCAACACACUCCACUCAUACAUCAUGUAUUCACUCACAAAGCCGUAGUCUCAGAAAAACAGAAAAAGGAAACGAAAACAAUCCAACACCAACACACUCCACUCAUACAUCAUGUAUUCACUCACAAAGCUGUAGUCUCAGAAAAACAAAAAAAGGAAACGAAAACAAUCCAACACCAACACACUCCACUCAUACAUCAUGUAUUCACACAGCUGUCCUCAGAAAAAAACAGAAAAAAGAGAAGGCCAAAUUCCAGUAAGGCAACUUCCGCUCACUAAAUGUUUGUAGGACCCAGCCCAGAAAGCCUUGAGGGUAAGUAAUCAAGAUGGAAAAAGGAAGACAGAUGGAUGCUGGACUUGAGGCGUCUUGUCCGAUCGUUUUAUGGAGAAUCAACCAACAACAGGCCUGUCUACCCAAG